CGAUAUGAUUUCCAAGUUAACUCCUGCCAUUCUCCUGGGUCUUGCACUCCGUUGCGCUGCUUGCGCGGGCGAUCACUUGCACGCUCGCGACGGCCAUGCUCAUCAACAUGUAGAAAGGCGUGAGUACCCGCAGGUUCCACUCGCACCUCCAUACCGUCCUCUUGUCUGGGGAGACUUGAACGUAAUCCACACAACCGAUACCCAUGGUUGGCUACUCGGGCACCAGAAGUCGUCCUGGGCUGAACCAUACUACAGUGGGGAUCUCGGAGACUUUUCUAGCUUUGUGACUCACAUGAAGCAAAUCGCCCUCCAUAAGAAUGUCGACCUUCUUUUGAUAGACUCAGGUGAUCUACAUGACGGAACCGGUCUUUCUGAUGGAUAUCCUCCCGGUGAUGUCGAUGCACACGAGUCAAACAAGUUCGUUGAGCGCCUCCCCUACGAUCUCAUGACCAUCGGAAACCACGAAUUGUAUGGUUAUGCGGAUACGUAUGAUAUGUAUACCAACUUUGUCCCCCACCUCGCUGGGCGGUACUUGACCUCUAACGUCAACAUCACUGUGUUUAAUUCAGACGGCAAGCCUGAGAGUGUCCCAGUAGGCAACCGUUAUGCCAAGUUCACCACAAGGAAAGGCCGUCGUAUCACUUCUCUUGGAGUCAUAUUCAAUUUUACUGGGAACGAUAUGAACACGACUGUGCAAGCUGUCGGUGAUAUGGUCAAGGAGCAGUGGUUCGUCGAGGUCAUUGCAGAAGAGCCUGACGCGUUCGUGCUUAUCGGACACAUGCCUGUUUCCAAUAAUAGCUGGCCUACCGUUGUCAACGCUGUACGGGCUGUGCACCCUCUAACACCCAUACUAAUAUUUGGAGGACAUACCCACAUCCGUGAUUGUACACAGUACGAUGGUCGAUCCAUGGCUAUGGAAAGCGGACGCUACAUGGAAACAAUCGGCUGGAUGAGCGCGGACCUCCAUGCUGCCAAGCACAACCGUGACAACGUUACUUUCACAAGGAGAUAUCUUGACCAGAACCGCGUGACCUACGAGUACCACACUCGAACAUCAAACCGAUCAUUUGACACCGACCACGGACGAUCGAUCACCCGUGGCCUAGAGGAGCUUGCAGCCCGCUUUAACUUGUCCCACCUGUACGGAACAGCUCAGCAAGAUUAUACCUUGUCUUAUAACCCUUAUCCUUCCAACGGGUCUCUUGUAUCUCUCUUCAUCGAAGAUGCUGUCCCAUACGCACUCGCCAUUAACAAUACUCGCGCUUCCAUUCCAAAUAUCAUGAUUAUUGAUUCAUGGGCUCUACGCUUCGACCUCUUAAAGGGAUCGUUCACCAAGAACGAUCAACUAACAAUCAUGCCAUAUCAGGAUUCGUUCCUAUACAUUGCCAAUGUUACAUCUGCGAUCGCAAACCAACUGCUCCCCGCUAUGAACAAACCGAUGGCGAUACAACAGAAACGAGAUGAAACCCAAGCUGUAUUUUCCAGCCAUGAAAUCGGUGACACUCCAGACAGUGCCUGGUUGGAGGAGAUAGACGACCGUCCUGGAGCGGGUGGACAAGCAUCAUUUGGUUAUGUCACGAGAGAUUCAUGCCCCGACGCUGAUCAUGCAGACGAUACACUGCACACCCCGUUGCCCAACUACGAUGUCCCAUUCUACGUUGGCUCAAAACCCCCUAACGUGACGGCCGACACACCUAUUGAUGUUGUCUUCUUGAACUUCCUUGGAAAGGAGAUUAUCGGCAUUCUCAAUGGCUUACAGAAGGAUAAGACUUACACGAUGGCUGAUGUUUCAUCGUAUAGUCCGACACUGGCUAGCGAUAUACUGGGCUUGUAUGCUCAGGGCAUGUGGAACUGAUGUUGCAUUUAGGCGUGCCUCGCACAAUUAGCAUGCUCAGUCGCUCAGUGCGGAGGGGUUGUUUCGUAUCAAAUCGACAUAGACGCCUAUCUGAGGAAAUGAUAACCCAGCGACAGAACAAAUUUUUGCUUGCUGAAGAAAGUCAAUACGCUUAUAAACAAAGAUUAGAUUAUUGUACGGACGAUCUUCCUUCUGACGAGGUUUGACUACGAGCUGAAAGUUUACUGAAAAGAAUCACAGGUACGCUGACAAGUUCAAACACUUGGCUGAGAUAUUCCUUGAGCCUGAAGGUGACAUUUUACUAUAUGCGCAAUUCGUACGAAUCAAUGUAACCACACACCUUUGCAUGUUUCUGUCCUUCCGCUAGG